AUGGCAGCCCCCGAGAUCGUACUCUAUCACUAUGGGAUAUCGCCCUUUGCGAGACGCACCGUGUGGUACCUCGCUCUACGAGGCAUUCCCUACAGCCAAUGUCUCCAGCCUGGCAUGCUGCCGCGGCCUGACGUCGCCCGUCUCGGCAUCUCGUACCGUCGCAUUCCCAUCCUUUCCAUCGGCAGGGACAUAUACCUCGACACGCGCCUUCAGAUCCCCAAGCUGGAGGCAAUGUAUCCGGAGCUACCUCGUCUAGGAUCAAGCACGCCCGAAGAAAAGGGCAUCGAGCGCCUCCUCUCGGCCUUUAUCAUUGACAGCGGCAUCUUCCAGAACGGGGUGAAGCUUCUGCCCACUGACUUGCCGUUCCUCAAGGACCCGAAGUACUUCAAGGACAGGGGGGACUUUAUGGGCACGGAGCUCAGCGUGGAGGGGAUGAAAAAGGCCCGGCCGGAAGCGCUGAGGGAGACUGCGGCGGCGUUUGAGCUCAUGGAGACGACUUUUUUGGCGGACGGGAGGGACUGGAUCCUCAAGACGGAGAGGCCUGGGCUGGCGGACAUUGAGGCCGUUUGGGUGUUUCACUGGCUGUCUGGCAUUCCGGGGGCGCUGCCCAAGGAGAUGUUUUCGGCGGAAAAGUUCCCUCGGGUGUAUUCCUGGAUCAAGCGUUUCCAGGAGGCCGUCACUUUUGCAAAGAAGCGUCUUGAGAAGCCCAGGUCAUUGAAUGGCGAGGAGGCGGCGAGGGUGAUUGAGGGGUCGUCGUGGAAUGAAGAGGACGCGGGGAGCGUGGAUGGGGACGAUCCGGUGGUUGUUGCGGAGGGAUUGGAAAAGGGCGGCUUGGUUACGCUUUCGCCGACGGAUACGGGGAGGGCGCAUAAGGAUGUGGGGAAGCUGGUGCGUUUGGACAAGGACGAGGUUGUCAUUGAGGUCAAGACUGCAAAGGGGGAGACUGUGCGGGUGCAUGCGCCGAGGCAUGGGUAUAAGGUGAGGAGGUAUGAUGGGGACAAGGGCGGUGCGAAGCUGUAA